AUGCGGACGCACGUCGUUCAGGAGCCUCUGAACCCAAAACCUCCACAAACCCCACCACCGCCCGCCGCAGCCACACCGACCCCGAGGCGCCUUCCCCCGGCCCGAGCCCGCCGCUUCCGCACCGGCAACCUGACUGCUCUCGUCCUCCCCGUCGCCAGAACCAGCGGGGGCCCGCAGCUCCGGGGGGCCCCCAGCCAGGCUCGCGGCCGCGGGGACCGGACCAGCGCGGUACGUGUCGGGCCUCGCCGCCCGCCGCGCCAGGUUAGCCAGCCGUUACCCCGGGGGGGAGGCGAGAAGGGGACGCACCGCCUACGUCUUGACCGUCAGGCGAGCAGGAGUAAGUGUGGGGAGAGGCCCCUGCGCCGCCCAGACGCGAAGAAGAGCGAGGAUGAGGCGAGGACGGCCCGCGGCGCAAAGUUGCAGGACGACCUGUUCCCGUCUGCGGGCCGGACGCGCUUUCCCUCCCCGCAGACGCCGCGGCCGCCAGCCUCCGGGCACCGAGGGGCGGGCCCAGCGGGCGGGCCGGAGCCGCCUCCUCUUCACGGACCCCGGCCCCACCGCGCAGCCCGGAAACCGGGACCCGCGCGCCCCCACCGCCGCCCCUGUGCAAAAGGCUGGCAGAGCGUCGACUCCGCACCGGUCCAGGCCGACGGCCGAAGGGCGGAACCCUUCCGAGGGCGGCCCCGCGGCCCCACCACCGCCCCCGCCCUCUGCGCUGCCCCCGCCCGCUCGGCAGGCUGCAGGCCCCGCCGCCCGGCCUCACCUCAGGGACGAAACACGGGCAGCGCGCGGGACCUCAAGUCCGAGUGCGGCCGCCGCCCGUCGCCUCCGGCUCCAGCUCCGGCUCGGGCUCCGCCCCUUGCCCGCCGCGCGCACCCGGCCCGCCCGGCCUCUCCGCCCCCUCAGCUCAGCGCAGCCCUGGCCGCUCCGGCUGGGCCAGGCUCAGCAGCACUGAGCAAGAAGCCCAGGCCCCAGGCCUUUUCCUCCGGGGCCCUGCCAAAGCCACCCAUUCCCGGUCUUCCUGGAGCCCCAGCAGAGCCUGGCACGCGGCGGGUGGGCGGAGCCGGACUGCGCUCGCGCUCCAUCCACUACUGCCUGCGAAGUGGGCAGGUCAUUUAG